GUCCCGAUCCACACACACAAACACAGAGCCAUACACACACUCGUCGGGGUCACUCUUCUCUCAGGCAGUGGACUGUUUUCAGUGAAUAUCGCACAUGAGCAGUGUGAGGGACGCCGGCUGACCCGUUCUACCUGUGCACCCUCCGCGUGCGUUACAGAAACUCCGCUGAUUGUUUCCUUCGCGGUGCUUUUGGAUUACGGAGGAAAAUAACAGGCAGCGUGGGCGUGUAACUCCCGUAAUCAUGGAUUUAUGGAUAAAGUUGAUGUUAUUGUACAGCUGCUGCUAUGGAGCAAGUGCAGACUUUGAUGGCAGGUGGCCACGGCAGAUGGCCUCGUCCAAUGGCCUGUGCCGUUACGGCGCCCGGGUGGACUGCUGCUGGGGAUGGACGCGCCACUCCUGGGGUCACUGCCAGCCUCUCUUCGCCUUAACUCACAGAGUAGCCGGGAUAAGGUGCCAGCCCCAAGCUUUGUGUCAGCCCGGCUGCAAGCAUGGAGACUGCGUGGGACCCAACAAGUGCAAGUGCCACCCAGGCUUCACUGGCAAGACCUGCAACCAAGACCUGAAUGAGUGUGGGCUGAAGCCUCGGCCUUGUAAACACAGGUGCAUGAACACAUAUGGGAGUUACAAGUGCUACUGCCUCAACGGCUACAUGCUGCUGCCUGAUGGGACCUGUGGAAAUGCUCGCACUUGUGGAAUGGCCAACUGCCAAUACGGCUGCGAGGUGCUGAAAGGAGAGGUCCGAUGUCAGUGUCCGUCACCGGGGCUGCAGCUGGCUCCUGAUGGAAGAACCUGCGUGGAUGUCGAUGAGUGUGCAGCAGGAAUAGCUGUGUGUCCCAGGUUCAGGAAAUGCAUCAACACCUUUGGCAGCUACAUCUGCAAAUGCCAUGAAGGCUUUGACCUGCAAUACAUCAACGGGAAAUAUCAAUGUAUAGAUGUGGAUGAGUGCUCCUUAGGUCAAAGCCACUGCAGCGGCUUCGCCACCUGCUACAACACGCCGGGAUCAUACAAGUGCAAAUGCAAAGACGGCUUCAGGGGGAUGGGCCACGACUGCAAACCUAUUCCAAAGGUGGCUAUUGACCCCCCGAGACCCGGCAAACUGCCUCCAAAUCAUCACAACCACAUCCCUGGCAUAGAUCAGAAGAGGACCACAACCACCCUCCACCCGCCCGUGACUCAAAGGAGAAUUUUCCCAGCAAUUCCCAAACCGACACCAGCCACAACGACGAAGGCAACAACGACCACGACUACAACUACAACAUCAAAACCAAAGACCAGAGCUCCUCUACUUCCAAAGAAGAUAACUCCAUCCCCACGCAAGCCCGCUGUUCCCACCAGGAAGCCCAUUAUCCCAACCAGGAAACCACCAGCUCCUACACGCAAGCCCUACAUCCCACCGAGGCCAGUUCCCCCUACCAGACCUCCCCCACCACCACAACCAGUCACACCAGUGGACAACAGUAUCAAUAAGGAGGUGACCAGACAGAGAGGAGAUGUUCACAUCCCAAGGAACCACGGCCAUAACGGCAUUCUCGACAUCGACUUUGACAUUGAGCUCGGCAACACGGCGGAUGAAGCCAAGGACGAUCCAGAGUCUGGGUUUCUGAGCUGCUCCUUUGAUGACGGUCUCUGCGGUUGGAUCAGGGACAAAGACGGAGACCUGCACUGGGAGACGACGCCUGAUCCAUCAGGUGGACGGUACCUCACCAUCCCUGAGGUGGGCAACAAGAGGACCGGGCGUGGGGCCCGGCUGGUCCUCCCACUCACCCCGCCCUGGAACAACGGCAAUCUUUGCCUGUCGUUCCGUCACAAGCUGGCAGGCCACCAUGUGGGCAUGCUGCAGGUGUUUGUGAAGAAGGGGAAGCAGUACAGUCCUGCAGUGUGGGGACGGACAGGUGGAAACGGCUGGAGGCACACACAGAUCACGUUAUGGGGCACAGGCCUGGAAAGUGUCAUCCUGAAGGGGGAGCGUGGGCGAGGCAGGAUUGGAGAGAUGGCUGUGGAUGACAUCACUCUGAGGAAAGGCUCCUGCACAGAGGAGCACAAUCUGAGGAGACUCUGACUGACAGAAACAUAACAAAAAAGAGAACUGACUCUGUUGUGACAACCCCUCACUCUGCCUCCACCCACCCCUUUGCAGCUCAUCCCCUCCAUUGUGUGAACAAUAUCCCUAAAAUUAUGCGUUUGCAGAACAGUGGGUUUCUCCUUCUACACCGACCAUGAAUAAAAAGACUGAAUCAAAUACCAUGGUCGGGUCCCAGCAGCACAGCCUCAUCUUCUUCCCCUCUCUUUCACUCCAUCACCUUGUUACUCUGAAACCUGCAUGUUCCUACUUACAAUGGAAAUGUCCUCCACCUAACACAGCCCGGCAGCCCUCCAGCCACACCGCUGAGAGACCCAUACUCACUUCUUUUCUUCAUGCAGAGAGGAGUCUGUUUUGACUUUUUUCAUUUUACCACAAGCCAUUUCUUUAUAUUUACUCGGUGUUAGAAGUCAAGGCCUGGGGUACAUUUUGUGAGUGUUUUGAUCAGAAAAAUAUCAGUUAUGGAAUAUAUUUCUUUAAAGGUAAGAGCUUUUUUCCUUUCAAGUUUAAAAUAGACAAAUUGUAUUUGUCAUGAUUGCUCACCCGACUCCAAAUCUGAUAGAUCCAAGAUAAAACAUCCACAUUUAAAGACAGCUUCUUUGGUAGGUUGAAUUUGUUUUUGCUAUUUCAGCUCUUAAACAGCACGGUUUUGACUGAAGCAGAGAUGCUUCUAUUUUUUUGUCACAGUAUUUCAAAGAUCUGUUUGGUGGAAAAAUGUUAAAAACUGCAUCACUUUCCCCAUCCUGAUCUUUUGUUGAACCUGCCUAAAGUUGUUCAAACUCUCAUUUUAAUUUUUUCAGAUACUUGAAAUAUUUCAAACAGAACCAGUGUUUGAUUUUUGACACAUACAAAUCAACAUUUACUUUCUAUUAUACAGUAUGUGCUUUGUUAUAUUAAGUGCAGUUUGUUACAAAGAUGAUACCAACAACUUUUUAGGCUUUCACAAAUUGUAUUAUUGUAAAUGUAGUUGUGUGUACAUACUCUCAAGUCCUACAAUCCCAUGUGUUAUGUGGUUUAUACGUUAUGUAAUUUCAUACAUAAAUAUUGAUUGGAUUUCAAAAUGAUCAUUUCAUUUUAAUUGAAGAACAUGUAUACAGAUGGAAACCUUGUGUUAAAAGUGCACAAAUGUGUUGUCCAUGUAUUGAGGUAUAAUGCUACGUUUGUAACCUGCACAUAUGCAUACUGUAUGCUGUGAUAAUGAAGGGCAUCGGCUGGAGUAUUAAGGUUUUCUGUAUGCAUGGGUGCAUUCACCAAAUUCAGAUUUAUUCAGACCAGUAUGUAAAUAAAAUACAUUUGACUGAUA